AGAAAGUAUCUGCUCUCUGCGCCAUUGAGGGAGUUGGAAGUUUGCCUCCGGUCCCUGAGUACGGGCUUCUACCCAUGCGCACUGCGCUUCUGGUUUCUGUUCACAGUCUCUUGACAGGAAAGGAAGUAUCGAGGAUCUGGUUUAAAAAUGACAACUUCCUGGAGCGAUCGCUUGCAGAAUGCAGCAGAUCUUCCUGCCAACAUGGAUGGCCUUGCCAUGAAGAAGUAUCGGAGGGAAGCUUAUCACAGGGUCUUUGUGAACAGAAGUCUAGCCAUGGAAAAGAUCAAGUGCUUUGGAUUUGAUAUGGAUUAUACACUUGCUGUAUACAAGUCUCCAGAGUAUGAAUCUCUUGGCUUUGACCUCACUGUUGAAAGACUGGUGUCUAUUGGCUAUCCUCAGGAGCUUCUAAGUUUUGUCUAUGACCCAACAUUUCCUACCCGGGGUUUGGUGUUUGAUACAACGCAUGGAAGUCUUUUGAAAGUGGAUGCCUAUGGCAAUAUACUUGUUUGUGCUCAUGGCUUCAACUUUAUGAGAGGGCCUGAAAUAAGGGAGCAGUACCCAAAUAAAUUUAUUCAAAGAGAUGAUACAGAUCGGUUCUACAUCCUUAACACCUUGUUUAACCUACCAGAAACCUACCUGCUGGCAUGCCUGGUUGACUUCUUUACUAACUGUGACCGGUACACUAGUUGUGACAAGGGGUUUAAAGAUGGAGAUCUCUUCAUGUCGUUCCGCAGCAUGUUUCAAGAUAUCAGGGAUGCUGUGGACUGGGUUCAUUACAAGGGAUCACUAAAGGAGAAGACUGUGGAGAAUCUGCCAAAAUAUGUUGUGAAGGAUCAUAAGCUGCCUCUUCUGCUGAGCCGAAUGAAUGAAGUAGGAAAGGUUUUCCUAGUUACAAACAGUGACUAUAAAUAUACCGACAAAAUCAUGACUUACUUAUUUGACUUUGCACAUGGACCGAAGCCCGGGUGCCAACAUCGGCCUUGGCAGUCCUAUUUCGAUUUAAUUUUAGUAGAUGCAAGAAAGCCUCUAUUUUUUGGGGAAGGAACCGUGCUGAGACAAGUAGAUACCAACACUGGAAAAUUGAAAAUUGGCACCUACACAGGACCAUUACAACACGGAAUUGUGUACUCUGGAGGUUCUUCCGAUACUAUUGGUGACCUAUUGGGAGCAAAAGGAAAAGAUAUACUGUAUAUCGGUGAUCACAUCUUUGGAGACAUUCUGAAGUCCAAGAAGCGUCAGGGGUGGAGAACAUUCCUAGUCAUUCCCGAACUGGCACAGGAGCUUCACGUCUGGACCGACAAAAGCUCCCUUUUUGAAGAGCUCCAGAGCUUGGACAUCUUUCUAGCAGAACUGUAUAAGCAUUUAGACAGUAGCAGCAAUGAAAGGCCUGACAUCAGCUCCAUCCAGAGGAGAAUUAAGAAAGUUACCCAUGACAUGGACAUGUGCUAUGGGAUGAUGGGAAGUCUUUUCCGCAGCGGCUCGCGACAAACUCUGUUUGCAAGUCAGGUGAUGCGCUAUGCAGACCUCUACGCCGCUUCAUUCAUCAAUCUCCUGUAUUAUCCAUUUAGCUACCUUUUCAGAGCUGCUCAUGUUUUGAUGCCCCAUGAAUCCACAGUGGAGCAUAUUCAUAUGGAUAUCAAUGAAUCGGAGUCCCCAAUGGCCACUCGGAACCGCUCCUCAUUGGACUUCAAAGAUUCUGACUACAAGCGGCAUCAGCUGACACGCUCUGUCAGUGAAAUAAAACCUCCCAACCUGUUUCCCCAAACACCACAAGAAAUCACACAUUGCCACGAUGAGGAUGAUGAUGAAGAAGAGGAGGAGGAGGAGGAGGAAGAAGAAGAAUAAGUUUUAUCCCAAGGAGGAUAUUGAGGAGCUCACUGUAAUAUUAUACAAAGAAACUUUUGUUCUUUUGGAACAAAUUUCCAUGAACACAAAAGAUUCUUUAUUUUUUUGUUUUCUUAGUUAAUCCUGUCCAACAUUUGUGAAUACAAGUCACUCGUUGACUCCAGGUUGUACCUUUCUGUCGGAGAGUACUGAUACUUGGAUAUGGCACAGUAUUUACCCUUUAGUUUUCACAUUGUAAUAUUUUUACAUUCUAUGCCACCCUGAAAAAUUUUGUUCGCAAAUAGCAAGGUUCAGACUUUGCAUGAGCACAAAUGUCCUAUAUGCACAACGGCAACGGCCAUCAGUGCCGAAUUCUAAGGAAGAGAUCCUUGUUGUGGCCACCAUUACGUGAUUGCCUGGAUGGAUGUUGGUUGUGGUAUCCUGCCAACUUCUUAUAGUAACCGACCCAUGAAAUGACCAAAUAAUGUUGGACAGCCCUUACCUGCUGUGAGGAGAGAGCAUGCAUAUUUUCUUCUUCACUCCUUGGAGAAACAUCAACCUGAUACCGGAACCAUUUUCUGAGCAAGCAGCCUAUGAAUUUGUCAGCAAUUCAGAACAUUCUGGUUCAUUGACCUAUUGUAUCCUAUAGGCAAUGUCUCUGCACAGUGCGGGUUCUAUCCUCCUGCUAUGAUGACAUCUGUAACUCUGCUCCGUUGAAGUCAAUGGAGAUGCGUUGCAUUUUUCUGGAUGGGAGUUCUACUCUGCAGGAAAAAAACUACAGUCGUAACUCUUACUAGCCCUUCGUUCUGAAUAUGUACCAAUAAUUGGACCCCUACUUUUCUACUGGUGUGAAGUAAACAAGAUCCCUUAAAUGGUUAUAUAUGGCACAUGUGUUGUGUGCCAUAUUAUAAAUCCUCUGGAAUGUGCCGGAUAUCACAAGUUCCUUUAUAGGCUGCUACUUGUUGUGUUGGUUUUGCUCAUAAAAUGGCUCCAUCCACUUACAGCUCUGCCUUAACCCUUACUAGCAGUGUAAAUUCUAUAUUUUCAUUUCUUUUUCUUUUUAAAGCUGUGAUUUUUUAUUUUUUUUGCUUUGAAGUACACAAAGCAGCUCUUUUAAGAAAAUCUGAAAAGCUAGUUUUGUUAUGCCUUUUUACUGGAAUUACUGUAAGGGUUCGUGUUGAUACAUAUACUGUCUUGGAUUGUUUUCAAGCACCUGUUUGGAAAUAAUUUAGUGAUUUUAUUAAGCAGCUCUAUACAAGGCAGUGUAGGACCACACACGUGCAUUCACCAGACCUCCACAGCCCACCGUUUUACCUGAGCUUUGCUCCCUCAUGACAUAGGUCAGUGUUUCCAAACCAGCUGUUUCAAAACUUCAACUCCCAGCAUGCCUGGACAGCCUUUGGCUGUCCGGGCAUGCUGGGAGUUGUAGUUUUGCAAUAGCUGGAGGCACUCUGGUUAGGAAACACUGACAUAGGUACUUACAAGGACACCUUGCAAUAGUUAUGUGCUCUUUGUACUGGGUGAGAGGCCUGGUGGAGACACGGUAAAGCAAAGGAAGUGUAAUCCUAUUUUUCCUAUACGGGUAUGUGAUGUUCUCUAUAAUUAUAGCUUUCACCCAUUGACAGCCACUUGUCUAAAGCUGUGACUAUUGCAACCAAUGAGUGGUAUAAUUGUGGUUAUGGACAACUUUGUUUGCUCCUAAAACAUCUCAUGAAAACACUACUCCGCACGUAGGACACCCCCUCACAACCCACUGCCCUUGUAUUAAUGUAGAUAUCAUCUGUUUAUUUUCAAUCUUCCAUUUUUAUAAUGUUUGUGUUUAUUUUUUGCCGUGCCCCUACAUCUAGUUGAGAUGGGCAUUUUACAGCAUUUGUAUUCUGGUUUGCUGCGUUAUUUGUACUGAAAGUGACCAAUAUAGUGUAUUGUUUCAGCUUUAUCAUUUACAGCAGCGUUCCCCAACCUGUGUCUCUCUCUGGCCCUUGCAAAACUACAACUUCCAUCAUGCCUUGUUGUAGUUUUGCCAAAACUUGUGAGCCAUGGGUUGGGGAACACUGCUUUAGAGCAAUGUUCUGUAGCCUGUUGAAACUCAGCCAUUAUAAUACAACAGCUGGGGAGUCACAGGUGGCGGACCACUGAGCUAUCAGAUCCAGGUGGGGGAGGGUAAUACUGUGCGCUCCCGUACCCCAGCCGGACCAGUGCUGAAAUCUAUUGACUUUAAUGAGCCGACCGGAGUCACCAUUUGACUCCGGUCGGCUCAUUUCUGCCCCGUAUGCAGUUUUGUGACCGGACCUAAAACCGUAGUAUCAAAAAAAUGGAUACGGGUCCAAAAUGAGCCGACCUGAGUCAAACGGUGACUCCGGUCCGCUCAUUAAAGUGAAUGGAUUUCAGCGCUGGUCCGGCUGGGGUAUGAGAGCACAAGGUUUUCCCCUCCCCCAGCCGGAUCCGGCAGCCGGGAGCCUGAAAAUGUGGUGUGUAUGCACCCUUAGGCUGGUGCAUAUUCCCAGAGUGCUUUUCUUCAAAGAUGAUUUUUAUUAAGUAGAUAUAAGAAGCCUGUAGCUAUUCAGCAGUUAUGGUACUGUAAAUAUGCUUAUGCCUUGCCUGCUAGACGUGAUAGGAGGUGUAUUUCAACAAUAAAUGGAAAACCGCAGGGUAUCUCUCAGUUCCUUAUGUAAUGUUCACUGGUGCCUCCAUCCAUUCUCCUUACACCAUAUACCCAUGAACUACAAUGCUGUAUUCCCCCCAUGCUGGUAACUGUGUCAGGAUGUGGCACCUCCAUGUGUGCAAUAUUAAGUAAGGAAAUUCCUAAUAAAUCUUUUGUAUCUGAAAAACAAAGGUCUGGCUGUAGAUUUUACAGAUUUAGGAAAUAGUCAUUACUAGGGGGAGCCUACUGUAUACUCUUUAUACCAGUGUUUCCCAACCAGGGUGCCUCCAGGUGUUGCAAAACUACACCUCCCAGCAUGCCCGGACAGCCUUUGGCUGACCGGGCAUGCUGGGAGGUGUAGUUUUGCAACAUCUGGAGGCACCCUGGUUCGGAAACACUGCUUUAUACACUGAACUCUAAACAGUACACAGUAAGUGCCUUAGCUCCAUCUAGUGGUGACUACAGGCAUCCAUGUUAUUUUUAACCUGUUUUUUUUAAUGCAGAUUUGAGGGAGAGCAUCAAAAGAACAUAUGUUAAGAAAUUGUCAGAGAAUUAUGGACCUAAAAGGAGGUCAAGGUAAAGAUUUGUUUCAUGAUGUUUCAGUCAGAUCCUGAUAGCAAGAGUUCUAAUACAGUGAAUGGGAGAGAUCUAGAUACUGUUUCUGAAUUUCUCAUUGACAUUACCACAAUGUAGCAUGACCUCUGCAUGCAAGGCAAUGGGGAUUCUUCACACCUACAUUACUACGUGUCCCUUUCUCAUUUUUAUUUAGUUAUUCUUUAAGACAGGUACUGCAGAAUAUCUAAUUCCAUUUCAAAUUCAGUUUCGAUCAUUGAUCAGUAAAGCACAUGUUUGUGAACCCUGCACAAUGGAACUGCUUUUGUACGCACACAUUUUGGGAUGAAGAAACUUGAGACUGCCAUCCAUUGUGCUGUAACAUGCUGGAGCUCAUGUUCUCUACAUUGUAACCACAGGCAUGCUUCUGGUUUAGAACAUAUUUCUAAUAGUGAUUUGUUUUUUGUUUAGUUUUUUCCUUUUUAUGUUUGAUAGUUUAAUCUGGAUUUGGUUUAUUUGAUUUCUUGUUUGUAAAUCGCACUAUACUGUAUAAUCAAUAAAUUUUAAGAAAUUUUA